UACCACCUCCUUCCAUGGUUCAGCUGAUCUUGGAGACGGAAGUGAGUUGUGUUCGGCUGUCUCAGGGCUAAGCCGGUCAGUUGUACUUUGGAUUUCGCCCUUUGCAAAAAUGGGAAUCAUGUGCGAGUGAGGAAAGGUGUUACUUUCGUAUCGCCUCAGCGGCGAGUGAGGGAAGAGCGGGCGUCAGGGAAUAAGGCGGACAGGAGUAAGUGAUUCCUGCAAUGAGAAGAGUGUCAGAGGGUCAGGGAUGGCAUCCAUUCAACCGACCCGAACGGGAGAAGAAGGAGACGACGGCGAGGACGGUUCUCUGCACAAAAUGCUGACAGCGAUAGAGGAGGAGAGGAUCAGAGCGAGCCUCAGACAGGAGAUGAGCGUGCUGGGCUGCUUCAAAGAUGAUCGGAUUGUCUUUUGGACUUGGAUGUUUUCAACGUACUUCAUGGAGAAGUGGGCACCAAGACAGGACGACAUGUUGUUCUAUGUUCGUCGGAAGUUGACCUUUGCUGGUCCAGACAGCGGUGAUGGGAAGCAGGUUGAAGUUGAAGUUUACCGCAGAGAUUCCAAGAAGUUGCCUGGUCUCGGUGACCCAGACAUUGAUUGGGAGGAGAGUGUCUACCUGAACCUCGUUUUGCAGAAGCUGGAAUACGUAGUGACGUGUGCUGUGUGCACACGCUCAGACGGAGGAGAUAUUCACAUUCAUAAGAAGAAAUCCCAGCAAGUAUUUGCUUCCCCAAGCAAGCAUCCAAUGGAUAGUAAAGGAGAAGAGUCCAAGAUCAGUUAUCCGAACAUCUUCUUCAUGAUUGACAGUUUUGAAGAGGUGUUCAGUGACAUGUCUGUGGGAGAAGGAGAAAUGGUCUGUGUGGAGUUGGUGGCUAGCGAUAAACACAACUCAUUUCAAGGUGUGAUCUUCCAGGGGUCAAUCAGAUAUGAAGCUCUGAAAAAGGUGUAUGAUAACCGGGUAAGUGUAGCUGCUAAGAUGGCCCAGAAGAUGUCGUUUGGGUUUUAUAAAUACAACAAUAUGGAAUUUGUCCGGAUGAAAGGGCCCCAGGGAAAGGGGCAUGCUGAAAUGGCAGUGAGCCGUGUAGCAACUGGGGACACUUCACCCUAUGGCACUGAGGAAGGCUCUGAGCCAGGAUCACCCUUGAAUGAACAAGGGGAUGCUUCUCCUUCCUGCAGUGCAUUUUGGGUGACUUCCUUCAGCACACCUCCAACCCCUGAACGCAACAACAGACCAUCAUUUUUCUCGCCUUCAUUACGCAGAAAAGCACCUAAAAAUAGAAUGGCAGAGAUGAAGAAGUCCCAUUCAGCCAAUGACAGUGAGGAGUUCUUCAGACAUGGCUCAGACAACGGAGAUUCAGGAGACAUGCAUGGUGUAUCCAACCUACGAUCGCGCUCUUUGUCAGGGACUGGAAGGUCCUUGGUUGGGUCCUGGCUAAAGCUGAAUAGAACAGAAGAAAAUUUUCUACUCUAUGCACACCUCACCUAUGUCACAUUACCAAUGCAUCGCAUUACAACAGAUAUUUUAGAAGUCCGUCAGAAACCGAUCCUGAUGACGUAGCAGGGAGAAGGCACUGCCUUACAAACUCGCAGCCAAGUGCCUAAAUGCAACUGGAUUCUUGACGACGCUACCACCUAGUGUUGGGAUGGAAGGGAAGUUUAUUAGAAUACCAGCCAAUCAAAGUGCCUCCUUCACCUGCCCACAGGACGUUGCCAGUGUUCAUUUAGUAAUCACACUGCGUUUGUUUUCUGAUCAGAGUCCAGUUAGGAGCUGCUGCUUAAUUAAUAAACAACACAGAAUGCUUCGUGAAUAGUCUCCGAAGGUAACUGCAUUUGUGCCCAAGAACACCAGGAAAGGAGAACAAAGACAGAGGGAAUUAUCUGCUGAAAUUUAUAUUAAAGAAAAAAACAUUACGUUAAAUUUUAAAGGAACUGUGUUCAAUAAGUAGAGGACAAUUUUCUUCCCAUACUCUAUCCUUUGUCAAAUCACCAUUUGGAUAGUGUGAUUAUACCAGUAAUGUUGUAGGGUAACACUUGAUUUUUUUUUACAAAUGGGGCAGAGGUAACAAAAGACAUGGAACCACUGUGACCGUGCAGUGUUAUUAAUUUUUGUGGAGACUAUGAAUCAAUGGGGUUUGUUAAGGAAGAAGGAGAAUUGGCUGCCCUUAUUUUAAAAGAAAAGGCAGCUUUGUUGAUCUUGUCAAAGGCAAUCAUAUUCAAAGGGAAACACAUGCUUGGAAAAUCUAGGCUGUUGCUCAUGAGCCCCAGGGAGGUGGACUGUUGGUUGUUAAUUGGACCCUUACAUUUGGGUGUGAACUUGUUUUGUGGAAAUUGUAUAUAUUUAAAGUUAUUGCAAAAUCCCUUUUCUAGGAAUAUUUGUACAUGCAAGGGUAAAGAUUUGUCUCUGUUACUAAUUCAUAACUGUUUAAGAUAGGAUUUUGCUGGCACUUUCUCAAAUAUGACAUGACCUAAAUUCAGUCUUGAGGUGUUUUGUGUGGGAGCUCAGCAUAGCUUGCCCCGGCAGCAAUCCUUGCAGUGCAUCUGGAGAAUGGUUAAGUAAUUGAUGUUGAAACUCUGAACACAAACUGGCCCAACACAAAAGUGAGUUUUAGUGAGGGGAAAAGGGAAUUUUGCUUUCCUUCAGCUGAUGCCAUUUUACGUACAGUACAUACUUGGGGAUUAAAGAUUUUAACAAUUUCUUUAAGUUGUCCUUUGCUUGAUGCAGCCAAAGUGGAAUAAGGAAGCUGCAGCUAUUUAAUGAAUUACUGGGUCCAUCUGUACCAGGCCUCAAUGUAGAGCUUCACUUACCAUCCAGGAAGGCUAAUGGCAGGUUCUGCUCUGACCUCUUCCUCUUCUUUAUGGAAGACAAGUCAUUUCUACUUGUUGAUAAAUUUAAAAUGCUUGUAUAGCACCAUUCUGCAGUUCCUACAUUCUGCUGCUUGCGAUUCAGAACAAUGUCUUCAUGGUGAUUUUCUUGAAAAGUUCAAUUGAAAAGUGCAAUAGCAUUACUAACCAUUGCUUCCAUGUCAUAAAACAUUGACGUCAUUAGAGGAACAUAGAAAUUAAGUUUUGUUGGCAAAUGGAUAUUAACUUGCGGCUUUCAUUUUUGAUGCCUCCUGAAGUUGAAUAGGUGUACGUUCUGUCUGGCAUAAAGUGGAAGGAGAAUGAACACUGUGGCUAAAACUGAAUCUGUUCCAUUAUGACCCUCUGGUAGAAAACUUUGCACAUAGGCAAACUCUACAAGUGUGUGAGAAAUAAAGUUUUGUAACAGAGUACUCCAUGUACAUAUAAAUAAGAUCAUAUGUUGCCCUAUCCCAAAACAGCUAAUUGAAUUGCUGAUAUUGUUAUGUUUCUCUUUUAAAAAGAGUAUUUGUUGUAUUAUUUUCAUUUAGUUAGCUUAAAAAUUUAUUCUUUUCUGCUACUAGGCACUGCAGUAACAGUGACUGGACACCUGCCACUUGUGUAUUUUUUAAGUGGUAGCAGGAUUAGAAUAAUAUGGAAGGAACAAAAGCUUCAAGUACUUGCUUUCCUUUAGGGGAGGGAAGAGGAAGGGAGCUACCAUUAUGGAAUGGCUGAAUGCCAAAUUCAUUGGUUCAUUGUCGUUGUUGUUGAGAGAGCUCGGUGGAAGUAAUUUAUUUUUUAAUUUUAGACAAAAAUGGUAGGCUAAAUAGAUUUAGCACUGAGCAGGAAUCCGAACCCAUUAAGUGCAACUAAAAUUUCUUUUAUUGAUUGUUCUGGUGGUUGGUGAUUUAUUCACCACUGUGAAUCUGGUGGUCAGAAACUGUAGUUUUUCUGCUUCACCUUGGAACAGUGAAAAGGCAUGCUUGCUGUCCAUUGUUGUGUACAGAUGUUCCUGCAUGCUUUGUUGAAUGAGUCACCAAUAAGUUUUGCAGCACAGCUCUUUAUUGGGGUUGUUACGCUGACAAAACCAGCCACUUUCCCCCCAAUAUUGCUUGUUUUUACAACAUUAGGUUGCACCAGGAACAGUCUUCCAACCAUAUUCCACAUCCUCAGCUUGCUUUAGUGUGCUGCUCUAUGUCAUGGUUACAAUUGAUGAAAGCUCACAGUAGGGAACAGAGGUGAAAGGACAGAUAUGAUUAAUCCAGAAUAUAUUCAACAAACAUCAUAUUCUGAAUAAGGAAAUAUGGCCAGUAAAAAAUAUCUGUGGCUCAAACAACUUUGGAUUGUUGACACAAUGCCUAAGUAUGACUAUAUUAAAAAUAUAAAGACUAGCAUAUUUGUUAAAGUCUUCCAAAACAUUUGGUCCACUAUUUCAGCAUCUUUCUGUUUUGUACAGUGCAAAAUUAUAGCAACUGAAGCACACGACCACCAAUAAGAGUGCUCCAACUAUUUGCUUGGAAAACCUUCAUAUUCUAUACAAUGCUCCUAUCUCCCCUUCCAUAUUUAAUGGUUGUCAUUAAAGAUUAAUUCUCAUAAAAAUCCAUUUUUCCCCAAAGAGGGCUGACAUUUCUAGUUUAGUAGGAGUUUUCUGAAAGGCACUACCAACCAACGUUAACACAAGUUAUCCGUGUAAUUUGUAUUUGAGCAUGUGCCAUCUUAUUUUACUCUUUUGUAUUUACCUCAACACUCUCAAACCAAAUUGAUUUUUUAAAAGAGGUGUUUUCAACUGUUCACUGACAGUUCUCCUUUAAUAAAUAAGUUGCUAUAAGUGCGCUCUUGCAGGAAAUUGACAAGCUGUCUCAUUGCACAAGAUUAAUAUUCAGUAUUUUGUCAAAUGCUGAAAUGAUUCAGAGUGAAAGCUAGAAGGCAGGAAGGAGAUUCAUGGGUCCUUUCAAAAAGGAACUUGUUUUGCAAAUUAAGGCUAAGUUCAUUCUGAAACGAGGGUGUUUAUUCCUUCUGAUGGAGAAAAAAUGCUGAUUCAUUUAAUCUGUCUUGUUUUGCAACAGUUGUUUAGUUACUCAUAUCUAUUUGUAUAGAUGAUUUCGGCAAUGGCGUAGGUCAAGAUCAAAACCAUCCAUGUGUCUUCCAAGAGAUGAAAUGCUACCUACUCCUUGAUGCUCUAGGCAGUGUGUAUCAGAAUAUUUAUCUUUGCAUCCUUAUCACUUAAGCUUUGAGUGAAGGCAGAACAAAAUGUAACACUGUUUCUAGGGACGAGGACUAAUGUAUAGAUGCUGGCCUUGGCAUGGCUUUUGUUUUACCUAAACAUUGGAGUCCAUCGAUAAGACAUUGAGUUUUGAAUUAUUUUAGAUGCAAUUCUAUUGAGGUUCUAUUAAUAUUUGAAGUUGGCUAAACAUUAAUCAUGAAUAUUAAUUAAUACAUUCAAUGAAAUACCCUUGUAAACCCAAAAUUUAAGUAUUGAUUUAUGGCAAUAUAAUUGGCUCAAGUUACUCCUAAACAAUGCCAUGGAAAAACUACACAUUUUUUUUCACUCUUGAUUGUUCCUCUAAUUCUUAUUGUUUAGGAGUAGCUCUAUGACAGGAGGCUGUCUUAGUGAUUUGACAAACUUUUGGAAGAAUGUACUCCAUUUUUUUUUUGCAUGAAUCGAGAGUAAUUGUAUCAUGAAAAUGACUGAACCAGUCAAACCAUUUGUUAGAGUGUUCCUCUUCAGAGAAUCCUGAAAAAAAUGUGCAUGCUACAAUUCUUUCAGAUUAAACUAUAGGCUCGGCUACAACUUAGUGUGUAUUGAUCAUCCAGUGAUGCACUAAAUUAUUUCAUAUGCUCUGAUUUUUUUCAUAACAUAGAACUUUGGGCAUUUGGAGUAAAAUAGCAUUUUAAUACCUCACUCUUUCAAAAGCUAAUUUCUACUGUUCAAUGUGAGUAAUACAAAGUCAUGUAUUACCUAUGUGCUAACAUUAUCUGCUAGUACUUUAACUCUAAUGUGCCAAUAACAGCAGGAAACUGCAGCUUCUAGAAGCAACUUUUCCAGUCUGUUUCUGGCAGUGAUCACAAGACUACUUGGCACAGUCUGUAGAGGAAUAUAAUCUAUAUCUAAGCACAGUGAAAAGUCAUGUGAGAUUUUUGAGCUGCUGAACAAAGUACUUUUGGAAAAAAAGUCUUACCUUCACCUUAACUCCACUCCCUAUCCCACAGAGGAACCAGUAGUUUUCAAAUUUUCUGUCUACUUUUCUCCAUAUUUCUACUGAUCGGAUCUUUUAUUGAAGGAGAAUUUAGUCUAUUGAAAUAUAGUCUCUUUUGGGUUUGUUAUUUUUAUAACUUCCUAUGAAUUGUAAAAAGUCAUGAAAUUGUAUCAGAUUUCUCCAACAACUGCUGGGAUAGCCAUGUGUAAACCUGUACACUUACUUGUAGCGUCUUUUUGCAGGUGCAGAUUUCUAGUGUCAGAUGUGAAAUAAUUAUAGGAAUUUCCCACUGUAAAACCAGCUACUUGUUUUGUACUUGCUACAGAACCUACAUUCUUUCAGCAACACUGUUGUUCUAAUAUUGUUCUAGUCUGCAUGAUUGUUCCAGAUUUUUAUUCUUCAUCAGAAAUAGUUUGACAAGUUUCUUGAUUUAGAUAAAGAAUGUGCCUGAUGGUCUGCUUUCUCCCUUGAUCUCAUUUACCAUGCUUACUAUGAUACCAAAGUGCAACGUAUCAAAAGAGAUUCUACAAGAUCCUGGACCAUAUUCACACAGUUGGAGUAUGACUUUGCCAGCUUUAUAAAAUAAAGAAUCCUUUUAAUACAAAAUUUAAUUGUCAAUGAAUAUAGUUGUAACCCUGUCCUACAGGCAGUGAAUCAGGUGAAACACUAUCCUAACUUGGAAUUCCAAACAGAUCAUCCCCACUUCUCAACAAGUAAACACUUCUUCUAUACUACCGCAACUAAAAUUGUAGAUACUUCUAAAUGUAUUUGAUUUCCCCCAUCUCUCCACUUUAAUAAUGUGGUGGUGGGGGGGGGGAAGGGGGUUCCUAUGCCUAGGAACAGUUUCCAGGAUGGAUUUACUGGCAUCUACGCCAAGGCAAACCAAAGCAGGAAAAUUGUACACAAAAUAUUUUGCCGAUCCUUUACUUGAGGGAUUUUGUCUACAAAGGUAUAGCUGCCUUAUUUAAUUCCAAUCCCGGGAAUUAAAAUUUCUAAGAAAUAACCCAGUGGGAAGUGAGGCAGUGCUUAAAUGCUUCAAUGAUAAACUUGUGGGUUUUUUUUUGCAAUUUGAGCUGCCAGAUAUAACAGCACUGAACUUGCUUCAUUGAAGAUGGGAUUUCAAGAUUAUGAUAGAACUUGAACAAUUUUUCUAACCUACCUUCUGUAUGAUUCAACUCAAAUAUUGGUGAGCAAUGCCUUUGUUCUGAUUGACAUUUAGUAGGGGAUAACCUUAUUACAGAAAAUGCUGCUGUACUUUGGGUUGCAAUCUGCAUUGGAAUCUGUUGACAUUUUACUGUGGCGGAACACAGCUGAUUUCAAUACCAAAAUGUUUUGUCAAACUGACGAUAGUCUAGUCCAGUCUCAGUUAUUUGGUUUUGUCUUUGCUUUAAGACCUCCUUUAAAUAAUUUAAAUUUUAUCUGAAAUAUGUAUUUUCCCUUUUAUAGAUAGAUCAACAGAAAUAUCUGAUUUGAGGGGCUGAUACUACCCUCGAUACACAGCAAAGAAUAUGUCCCAGUGAAUGAUUUAAUAGCCAGGCUGAGCACGGUAUUAUUGUGGUUCAUUCUCUCAUGGGAGCCUCAAAUCCCAUGUAUCUUUCACUUUGAUUCUUAUGUAUGCAUAAUUUACAGCUCACCAAUCUUUUGUCUCCUAGUUUUUCUAAUGCUUUUUUAUAAUUCAUAAGAAAAAAAAGUUAUUUAAACUUCCUUCCAGCCCUCCUAAUUGUCUUUAUAAUUCACUUUUUCCUUGUGUUUUGUUGUGUAAAAUGAAAUGAACUUGAGGCACAGCUGUGCUACUGUUGAACCUAAAUAAUGUUGAGGCCAAAAGCAUUGUUUAACACAGUCCAAUUAUAGGUGUCAAGUUGUGAAAAAAGUAGGCUUCAGUUUGUAUGUAAAUAUACUAUUAAAGUUCCUGAUGCUUCAAAAUAAUUUAAUAAACAGUCAAUAAAUCUAUUACAAGUCUGUCGUAUGAUUUCAAGAAAACAGUAAAAAUAAAGCACUUCAUUCAAAGAGUGCAUUUUAAGAAUACACAAGGCCCAGCUGACCUCCCCUUCUGUGCUUCCUUGUACCUCAGAUUGACAAGACUCUGCUGAAUAA